AUGAAGCUGUUACUGCUGUGUCUCGGCCUGAGUCUAGCCUGUGCUCAUGUGGAAGGAAAGCCUAAUGUUGUGAAACACAACAUUAAUAUGACCAAGGCUGCAGGAGUCUGGUAUUCUGUUCUCUUGGCCUCCGAUGACAGGGAACAAAUAGAAGAAAAUGGUAGCAUGAGAGUUUUUGUGCAAUCCAUGGAAGUCUUGGACAACUUUUCUCUGUACUUUGAAUUCCAUACCAUCAAAGAUGGAAAAUGUACUGACAUUAAUUUUGUUUGUGACAAAACAGAAGAAAAUGGUGUAUACAGCGUCAAAUAUGAUGGAUACAAUACAUUUAAAGCAGUUGAAACUAAUUAUGACGAGUAUAUUAUGUUUCAUCUCCAGAAUGUCAACGAUGAACAUAAUUUCCAACUUAUGGAGCUCUAUGGCCGAGACAAAGAUCUAAGUCAAGACAUCAAGGACAGGUUUGUGAGGUAUUGCAGACAACAUGGGGUUCCUGAGGAAAAUAUACUUGACCUGACCACUGUUGAUCGUUGUCUCGAGGCACGAGAUGAGAAAGAGACCCAAGGCGAGGAAGAGGCCUAG